UAGUAUUAUUUAGGUUUAUAUUGGAUAUGGGUCUCUUUGUUGUCUACAUGAAAUCUCGUUCAGAUUAGUUUUUUUUUAGAAAAUAUCCUUUAAGGCUAUUAACGUUACCGAAAUAAUCGAAGUUGGUUGGAUUUUUUCUGUUUUUUUUCUUAUGAUUUUAGAUUAAACAAUGGGAAAGAAGCAUAAGAAACAUAAGUCUGAAUGGAGAUCCUACGACGCCGGUGAGCUCGGCUCCCCCGGAGAUCAGUCUCAGUAUUAUGUGGACAAACCUCUGGAAAAGCCUUUAAAGCUAGUGCUUAAAGUUGGAGGUAGUGAAGUCACAGAACUAUCUGGAUCUGGACAUGAUUCAAGCUUUUAUGAAGAUCGAUCUGAUCAUGAACGUGAGCGUCACAAGGAGAAGAAAAAAAAGAAGAAGAAGAAAUCUGAAAAAGAAAAAGAUAAGUAUUUGGAUGAGGAUGAAAGGCGACGACGAAAGGAAGAAAAGAAGAGAAAACGAGAGAAAGAACAGUGUGAUUCUGAAGGUGAAACAGAAGUUUUUGAAUCAGUAAGAAAAGUAGACAUUGAAGCAACAGAUCGGCCAGUUAGAGCAUGCAGAACACAUCCAGCAGAAAAUGAAAGUACCCCAUUACAACAGCUCUUGGAAUAUUUCCUUCGGCAGCUGCAACGUAAAGAUCCAAAUGGAUUUUUUGCUUUUCCUGUGACUGAUCAAAUUGCUCCUGGAUAUUUCAUGAUAAUAAAAAACCCAAUGGAUUUUAGCACAAUGAAGGAGAAAAUUAGCCAAAAUGAGUAUAAAUCAGUCACAGAAUUUAAGGCUGACUUUAAGCUAAUGUGUGAUAAUGCGAUGACUUAUAACAGACCAGAAACUGUCUACUACAAGUUGGCCAAGAAACUGCUACAUACAGGUUUCAAGAUGAUGAGUAAAGAACGGCUUUUAGCUUUGAAGCGCAGCAUGUCGUUUAUGCAGGACAUGGAUUUUUCUCAGCAGGCAGCACUUUUGGGGGAUGAAGAUACUACAACCGAAGAGCCUACUCCUGAGAUCAUUAUGCCCACUGCAGCCGAAGUUGUAAAGAAAUCUAAAAAGCCAAGCAAGGAUAUGUUUCGGGUUAUGGAGGAAGAUCAAAGCUCAAUUUUUGAACCUGAAGGAAAUGCGUGUAGUUUAACAGACAGCACCGCGGAAGAACAUGUACUGGCUUUGGUGGAGCAUGCUGCAGAUGAAGCAAGGGACAAGAUAAACAGAUAUUUGCCAAACUGUCGGAUUGGUUACCUUAAAAAGAAUGCAGAUGGAACUUUAAUUUAUACUGUUGUCAAUGGUGACCCUGAAAAUGAGGAAGAAGACACGCAUCUAGUAGACUUGAGUUCUCUGUCAAGCAAACUGUUACCUAGUUUUACUACACUAGGAUUUAAAGAAGACCGGCGGCAUAAAGUGACAUUCCUCAACAGUACUGGUACAGCACUGUCUUUACAAAACAACACACUCUUCACAAAUCUUAAACCAGAUCAAAUAGAUUUGAUGUAUGCUGGCUAUGGUGAUGAUACAGGAAUACAGUGUGCUUUAAGCCUUCAGGAGUUUGUGAAAGACUGUGGAAGCUUUGCAAAAAGAAUGGUAAAUGACCUUCUAGAUCAGAUAACUGGAGGCGACCAUUCUAGAACUAUUUAUCAGGUAAAACAGAUGGCAGGAUCAGAGAGGGAAGGAAGCAGCAAUUCUGUACUUGACUAUAUGGCCUUAAAAACAUACUCUGAUGUGUCUCUUGAUAUGUCCAUGCUAAGUUCUUUGGAUAAAGUAAAGAAGGAGCUAGAACAUGAAGAUAGUCAUCUAAAUUUAGAUGAUGCAUCUAAACUCUUGCCUGACUUUCAUGAUGUUCACAAUGACAGAGGAGGAUCAAGGCCAUCUUCAAGCAGUUCAGUGUCCAACAACUCAGAAAGAGAUCACCAUUUAGGAAGUCCUUCACGUAUCAGCGUUGGAGAACAGCAAGAUAUUCAUGAUCCUUAUGAAUUCCUUCAGUCACCAGAAACUGAAAACCAGAAUUAAAAAUUGUAUUAACUUUUUAAAUAAUGGACAUUUUUUAAAUAUUUGUGUAGUUUUUGUAAUGAAUUGCAUACCAUUAAGGGCAGAUAUGUUUGUGUACAUAGAAGUACAGUUGAACCAGAAAUUGGUAUGCAUUGACCAUGUGCCUGCUAUGCCAAAAGUGUAGCAUUCAUUCAGAAGUAUCAUAUAAUGUAAAGUAAACAAGUAUUUUGAAGAUA